GAAAGGUCACGGAUACAGUCGGUACCAAGGUCAGCAAAGGUGUGGUGAGAAGUUCUAGUGCUGACAAAACUGCCGAGCGCAAUUGAUUCAAGGAGUGCCGACAAAACUGCCGAGCGCAAUUGAUUCAAGGAGUGUAAAAGAGAGCAAGAGCCCGAUUUAAUCAGUUACUGCUUUGGCAGUUUGUACCUAUUUGAACAUGUUUUCAAUUUUUAUUGUUACCUUGAUUGGAGCUGUCGCGGCUAGCCAAAGCAUUUCGAAACACGAUAACAGCAGCCUCGUAGUUACCCAGGUCCCAGACUAUGUCCGUCCCUACGCCGUCCGCGCAUACACGCUCGAUGGUGUGCGUAUUGGCUCCCAGGUCUACCGGUUCCCAGUCACAGGGCCUUCCUCAGACUAUGCCUUUACGCUAAUUAGCACUGCGGCACCCGCCAGCAGCGAGCUGGGUGUGCUUCCUCACAUUCAUCAAGCCCACUAUGAGAACUUUUACAACCUCCGCGGUCGCUUCGCCCUCUGGGCCUCUAAAGAUAACAGCACUGCUGGCCGUCUCUUCACACCCGGCGACUACGGUGCAGUCCCGCACAAUACAACGCACACAUUUCAGAUCCUCGAUCCCUUCACUGAAAUGGUCGGCGUCAUUCAACCUGGCGGUUUUGAAGAUCUCUUUUACUUCCUCGCCUCAGCAAAUUACUCCUCUUCGACCUCGGCACCAUUCCCCCAGGGAAACUUUACCAGUCCUGGUGGCGAUGCAGCGGUCAUCAGCGCGCUACAGUCGUACGACGUAUGGGCGCAGCUAGAGUUCAGUCCGCCCAUGGACUUUGAUGCAAACGGCAUGAGUGGCAACAAGGAUGCCCCGUGGAGGAAUGGAACGAACGAGCUCGCUGCCAACAGCGAGACGCCCUUCUUCGUGGCUAAGGGCUAUGGUCCCAAGAUCCUCGCCUCGUCUGCAGACAACGCCUCGUAUUUUGUGAUCGAGCCCUUCAUUACCGCCACACAGUCCGAUGGCAACUUUACUGAGGGCACAAUCACCAUGUCUAAGCUACCUACUGGUGCGGAGCCUUUGACGUGGUUCUUGCCUGGCCACACAGCGCUUGAAGUUGUAGAUGGGCUAAUUGGGGUGGAAGUGCAGGGCUUCUAUGAGAAGCUAAGUCUAAGUGUGGGUGAUGUCGUCUUUGUGCCUGCGAAUACGACCUGGAGCUUCUGGGGAGAGUCCGCCUACUCAAAGGUCCUAUAUGUUGGACAGGGAAAGGAUACAUUGGAUGCAAGGCUUAGAGCUAUCGGAGAAGAAUGGCAGAGUGUAUUGUGGCCAGCGUGAAAAACUGUUUUAAAUAAUAGAUGUCAGGCUUCGGUCUGCAAGACUAUAAAAACUGUUAUAAGGGGUUGCACUUACCUGAUCUCAUAUAAGUCUUUUUGGAUACAGGAAGAAUAAUUCUGGGAUCUAUGUAUGUAAUUGUUGUCAUUGUUCGACCGUCGUAGCGACACAGUCUCUGUCACGUAACUGCUCAACUGAUCAGUGUACUUGGCGCGCAAUGGAUUACUACCAGGGGAUCCUCUUUCUCACCAUAAACAGAGUGGGCAUGUUUGA